CGCAUAGGUAGCAGCCACUAUUCAAAGCACGGCGGCGAAAGAGACUCGCCGCAGAACGCGGAGUUUCUCGCCGCUUUGUAUCUUCUUCUCAUUGUACAGAUUUGACUCAUCGCCAAAGAAAGGAUCAUGGCUGGGAAUUCAUCUUAUACUGUUUUCAACAUUAUUUCUGAGGUUGCUAUCAGCUGGGCUUAAUUUUAUUGAAUCGUGGAAGUUAAAAAUUCAUAAAUGGGCUGGCUGCAAAGUAACAGAUCAAAAUUUGGCCAUAGAAUUUUAAUGAUAAUAAUGGGAUGCACUGCAUUGUUUGGGAUUAGCUAUCUUUCUUCCAAUGUUGGACGCCAGCCACGUUUUCCGCACCCGAUAAAUUGCCCAACUGAACUAAGAACAUGGAUGAAAACAGCAAGACUUCCUAAACUCCACGUUCUUCUGCUGUCAUAUCCUAGAAGUGGAUCUUCCUUUCUUGGUGAUUUGCUCCAAAGCUAUAGUGGAGCAUUUUAUCAUUUUGAACCACUCCACUAUUUUGGAAAUGUUGUUGCUCAUAAUCAACUGGACUCAGCUAGGAAAUUAAUGCAUGAUUUAUUUACAUGUGAUUAUAGUGAUUGGGGGUCAUUUCCAGAAUGGGCAUGGUUCAACAGUGAUUAUUUAACAUUCAGAAGAAAUAAACGAUACUGGCAAAUGUGCACGCAUAAAGACAGCUCACGUAUGUUGUGUUAUAACGUCUGUUACCUCGCAGUAGCGUGUCGUAACUCACCAGUCCAAAUUAUAAAAACUAUUCGAAUGGCUGCUUCUGAAGCAGGAAAACUUUUACAAGAAUACAAAGAUCUGAAUUUAAAAAUUGUCCAUUUGGUAAGAGAUCCAAGAGGUACAAUGAAUUCAAGACAGCAUAAAGAUAUUGCUGCAUGGUGUGGAAAGUACAAGGCGUGUGCAUCGCCACAAACUUUCUGUGAACUGGUUAAUGAUGACCUAAAACAUGCUUGCGAACUACAAAAGCGGUUCCCUGAUAGGUAUACCUUAAUUCGAUACGAAGAUCUAGCUCUUGACCCACCUCAAGCUACGGAAAAACUUUUUAAAUUUUUGGACAUAGGUCCUGUACCCAGUGAAGUUGCUCAGUUCUUAGAAACCCACACUCAAGGUGGACCUUACGUCAGUACUACGUCAUUUCUCCAACCUCCAUACAGAACUGUAAGAAAUUCUACGCAAGCGGCUUUAGAAUGGUGCCGCAAAAUGAAAUUAAAGGACAUUCAAAAAGUUCAACAAAAAUGUCAGGUUGUUUUAGAAAAAUUAGCUUAUAAAACAGUAAAUAGUACACUAAAUUUAAGCGUAGAAAAUAUCUUAGGAAAUAAACCACAAUUUUGCGCAUCAUCUUAAAAUAAUGACAGUGAUUUCAUUAUUGAUUUUUCAUCAUAAUGAGCAACUUGAUUCGUUGCGCAAUGGAGCCAGUACACUAGCUUGUGGAACAUAAUGUUCGAAGGCCAUACUAACCAGUUUCUCCGAUAGGGUUGAAACAUCGAUACUUGUCUUCCUUUUUUAUUGAAAAAGCCUUUUAAAUCAACCAUAUCUGGGUUACAUCGUAAUGGGACCAGUUAAAGAAUGACAUAGAAAGGCAAUAUUUUGCUGUCAUUUUGUACUGAAUGGACAUUCCGACCACUGUAAAUGCAUGAUAAUUGAAUAUACGUUCUCCACUCAAGGAAUACACAUUAUUAAAAAAAAGAACACCUGUUAAAAUCUUGCUAACAUAUCUUGAAACUAGCCUGAAUUGUUCUAGACUUGAGUAAAAUGUGGCUGGGUUUUAAGAUUUUAGAAUGAAUUGUGCCAAUAGCUUAGAAACAAUGAAUAGUAUUUAAAUUUCAUAAAUAUUUAUUACAAUAAUCACUUUGAAAUAUAUAUAUCUCAUAAUGCUCAGUCUUAAACAUAGAGUCAAUCGGGGCUAAUAUGAAACAGAAAUUAUUAGGUAAUUAGUCGUUUUAUAGCUCUUUAAUGUUGCAAUUUAUUCAUUUAAAAUGCUUUUAAGUACCGAAAAGCUUUUAGAUGGUUAUAUCAAACUGUUUAAUUUUUGAGCAUAAGCGUAAUCCUGAUGGUGUAAUUUAGAGAAUUUAGUAAUUUUAGAAAACUGCAUUUCAUGAAAUGCUUAUUUUCAUUUAGUCUAAAUGGUUUUUGUUGUAUGAUAGAAUUGCUUCAAUGAGUAUUAAUUUCAU